AUCAGUGGCGUGGUGUGUGGAGAGGGUUGUAAUGAUUUGUCAGACGUCUUAACUACUGUAAAAACGUUUUCUUUUUCAGUCCUGUCGCCAUAACCAAAAUAUGCGCGCAAAGGGCGCAAUAGCUUAACACUGUGGCGGAUUGAGAUGAUUUGAGUCUGAGUUUGGAAGACAUUUUUCGGAUUGCAAAAUUGCAUAGGCCCACCUAGGUAACAGCAUAUGUGGGCAGGUAGGGAAAUAGCCUUCCGGAAGAACUCGCAAUACAGGUUGGCAGUUUGCAUACGGCACUCAUAAAGUACGUUUUCAAACAAGUUUUUGAUCAACUACAUCCUCUAUCAACAGAAGAAAAAUGAAGGAUUUUAGAAAAAAGAAGCUGUAUGUCUUGGUGGACGUGCUGUGCGUGGUAGUGGCGGCAUUGCCCUUCCUCAUAAUGACCAUCGUGUUCCGGCCCUACCAGAGGGGUGUGUACUGUGACGAUGAGGACAUCAAGUACCCCGUCAAACCUGACACUAUCACCCACGGCCUGCUGGCUGCAGUCACCAUCUCCUGCACCGUCAUCAUCCUAGCAUCAGGAGAGGCUUACCUGGUCUACAGUAAGAGGAUCCACUCUAAAUCCGAGUUCAACGGGUACGUUGCGGCGCUCUACAAGGUGCUGGGUACCUUCCUGUUUGGGGCAGCUGUCAGCCAAUCACUGACGGACCUGGCUAAGUUCACCAUCGGACGCCCGCGGCCCAACUUCAUGGCCGUCUGCAACCCCAAGGUCUGCAAAGGCUACAUGCUGGAUAUCAACUGCACCGGCAAUCCUCAGGAUGUCACUGAGUCCAGGUUGUCCUUCUACUCCGGCCACUCCUCCUUUGGGAUGUACUGUAUGCUGUUUCUAGCAUUGUAUGUCCAGGCGAGGCUGAGGGCAAAGUGGGCCAGACUCCUCCGACCCACGAUCCAGUUCUUCCUGGUGGCCUUUGCUGUGUACGUGGGCUACACCCGCGUGUCCGAUUACAAGCACCACUGGAGCGACGUUCUGGUGGGCCUCCUCCAAGGCGCUCUCAUUGCCAUCCUCAACGUGCGCCACGUAUCAGACUUCUUCAAGCAGGGUCCUCCCCGCUGCUCCAGCCCAGAGACGGCCGAGAACGAGGAACUGGAGCGCCGCAAACCCAGCCUGCAGAUUGCAGACGCAGAUCACAACAACCAUUACAGCUACCCAGGGCCUGUGUGAGAGGGGCCAACCCAGGGGCCCCCAGACUGUAAACCGCUCUCACAACAAGCUCCCACAAACCACUGGACUGACUGACGGGGCUGCGCAGAGUACCAGAAUCCUCUAUGGCCUGGGUGCACCAACGCAUGAGUGGAAGAGGACUUUUAUAUUGGGACAUCAUGUUUGAUGUUCACUACUUUUUUAGUAUAUUUGUCUCAUGUUUUUAUGCUGUUGUUUUUUACACAAUAGAUUAGGUAAGAGUACCAAACAUUCAGAUAAGAAAGAAAAAAAGAAAGAAGGAGAAAGACCAUUCUCAGAAGAGAAAAUGUCUAGAUGAGUCCCAUUUUAGUGCACCUUAGUCAUAUGAGUAAUCUGAACUUCAGUGGGAGUUUGGGAUUGAUAUGUUGAAUGUUUCAUCUAUGUGAAAUGGACUGCAGUGAUUUAGAAAUGUUGAUGUUGAUUGUGUAAGCUUGAUAUACCACUAGAUCACAAACAAUCAAUGCAAACGUUUGGCAUAAAGAUUUUAGCUAUGUAUAUUCUGGCCUCAAUCGCUCCAUUUUUUUUUUUUUUUAUGAAGAAAUCAAUGUUUUAACAGUAACAUUGCUCCUUUGACAAUAAUUGAAGGUAUUUGGAAAGUGCCUAUACAUUUUAUUUUAUAGAUUACUUUAUUCACAAGGUCGGAAAUGUAUUUUAUGCCAGCCCUGUUAAGGUAUUGUGCAAUCACAAUCACCCCUGCUAGCCACUAUGAACCACAAAUACUGUAUCUGCUAAUAUUGUGGCAUUUUUCUUUUUUCAAGUAUGUUAUUUUUUUCCUGUGGCCCAUAUCAAACCAGUGCCUUCUUGGACUAGUGCCCUUUAAGAUUGCCACAAAUGGAUCAGAUUCCAAGUUCACAACACAAACCAGAUGCCUUAACAUGGGCUUUUAAGGGUUGUAAUGAUACAGCUUACCAGUCGAGUCGUUUGUGGCAAGCUGGUAUACUGCUCUAUGCAAAGUUCAAAGAGUUUUCCUUUCCUGUGUGGACUGAUGGGGCUAAUUUGUGAAGAAAUGCUCCUGUACAGUGACUAUGUCAGGCCUGGCCCUGCUUGGCACAGGAGGAUUGAUGACAGAUCAGUCAGCUCUGGCAGAGAGAGGCUCACCUGGUAGUGAUUGUGAGGCUCAGACAGCUGACUCUGAGUGCUGACCUGUGACUGUGGAAUGGCAAGGCACUCAGAGGGGCCUCCUGCGGAGAUGCGGGCCCUCCGGACUUCAAGACUUUAAGACUUUUCUUUGAAUUCCGUAAAUGAGAAACACCUGGAGCAGUUUCAGUGAAGUGUUGUUGUUGUGUAACGUCUCACCUGUGUAUUACUGAAUGCCCCAGCCCAAAUUUAGCCAUGAAACAAUAGUAUCACAAUGUUAUGGGGUUUGAGUCUCCUCCAGGUUUCCAUCAUAAAAGGCCCUUCGUCAGCCUUGUUCUGGGUGGUGUGUGUGUGUUCCAUAUGUAAUAAUACUAUUCCCAUUAGAGGAUUGGUGCCUUAGAAAAGGUCCUGGUUAGCCAUUAUCUGUAUGUCAAACAUUAUGCUGUUCUGUUCACUGUACAUUUAUCUAUCCAUAGCUGUUUAUGUAUACACAAAAGGAUUCUUAAAUAAAUACCAACUACACAAUG